AUGUCAUCCUCGAAGUUUAAAGCUGAACCCAAGCGGGUUGUCUGUCAAUGUCAAAGCUCUGGGUGUUAUAAGGGUCUUUAUUUAGAUGCAAGUGGGGUCUCACAGCAUGGCGUGGAGGUUCUUCCGUCUACCAAGGAGGCUCACGAGCGUGCUGAUCAACGCAAUCAUAUCCAUCAGUCUUUGGCUUCUCACCAUGCAACAACCUCGAGUCAAACACCUACUACAGAGUCUCAACUCGAUUCUUUGAUAGCCCCUCUUGACCGUUUGCUGUUAGGUCCACAGCACGAAAUAAGGUCCAGAAACAACUUCAUUAAUACUAGAGAACAUCAAGUCCUUUCCACAACUGAAGAUCGAGACCGGACUGUCACGGAUCAGGAGAAAUCUGAUAUUGUAGAUGCUUCUCAUUGCACUGCAAUAGCUGUAGCAAGAGAGAAAGGAGCACAAGAAUACGAUUGUAGCCGCUUCCAUUCGUUUACCCUGGCCAAGUUCAACCCUGUUUGCCUUCAUGUGGCUCUCACAGCCGCCAUCAUGACCAUUUUUGAUCAUUCCUUCAAUGUCAACCUCUGCCUGGCUCUUAAGAUAUGA